CAAUCCCAAGGCCUUAAGUAAAGCAUUGAAUUUCGUCCUGGUCUGCUUGAGUAGUAGACCACAAUCAAAAUUGUUCGAUUUCGGAAUAAGAGCACUGAACCGGUUCCACAAUAGCUUGAAAAAUCGCGGAGAAUUUUUCAAAAAUGUAGCAGCCAUUGCGCAUUUCGGAAAAUUCCCCUCGAAUUUAAUAUCGUCUAUUGCGGAAUACCGGGAAUGUACGACGGAACGCGUGAAAGAAGAAGUUACCAAUAGCCAACAGUCACCCGUGAUCUGCACCCCGACGACAACGUUGGACCCAGACACGAGGUUGGUCGAUCAAGUAAAAUGUGAUUUUGAAAAGCUCGACCGGACUGAAAACGGAAAAAAUAGGAUUAGGUCGAUCAUUAACAAUUUGUAUGUGAACAAAAUACGUGAAAAGAGUGACGAGAUAAAAGCCAUAAUGGGGGAAGAACUCGUUCAGUGGUUCGCGGCUUAUUUGGUCGAACACCGUAUACAGUUUGAAUUUAAUUUACAUUCAUUGUAUUUGGACCUGCUGGACCAAAUUGGCAACGAGCAACUGAACGUCCUUAUCAUGGAAAAAACGACGGAGAACAUCAGAUCGCUAUUGGAUAACAACACUCAUAAUAAUAAAGCUUUGCUCAAAAACCUUGGCCAUUGGUUGGGUCUUAUAACGUUGGCAAAAAAUAAGCCUUUACCAUUUGACAAAGGCUAUCUAAAAUCAAUAAUCUUGAAAGCGUCAGGAGUAGAAGAACUGAUGUAUACUGUUCCAUUUGUCGCAAAAGUACUUGUGUCCUGUGCCAAAAGCCAAACUUUUGCACCGAAAAGUCCGUGGACUUUGAGUAUUUUGAAAACCCUUGCGGAUGUUCAUAAAUUACCGAACAUAAAGUUAAAUUUGAUGUUUGAAGUAGAAGUACUUUGUAAAUCAUUGAACAUUCAUCUUGAGAGACUUCAAAAUUGAAUAUGAUUUUUCAACGUUUCACGUGUGUUAACGGCAUUUUUAAGUCCGUAU